AAGUACGGUCCUGCUGGAACCUAUGUCUCUGGGAAGCCUCUCUGGGCUGCAGAUUUGCCUAGCUGCUUGAGUUAUUAUAGGGUUAGGUCUUUCUUGGCUAGAUCUGCUGGGUUUCAGACGGUCUUGUCUGUACCUGUGAAUUGUGGAGUUGUUGAGCUUGGUUCUUUGAGAAACAUUCCAGAAGAUAAGAGUGUGAUUGAGAUGGUGAAAUCAGUGUUUGGUGGAUCUGACUUUGUUCAGGCUAAAGAAGCUCCUAAAAUCUUUGGUCGACAGUUGAGCCUUGGUGGAUCGAAACCACGGUCUAUGAGUAUUAAUUUCUCUCCCAAGACAGAGGCUGACACUGGCUUUUCCUUGGAAUCGUUUGAGGUACAAGCAAUCGGAGGUUCCAAUCAAGUGUACCCUUAUGAACAAGGGAAAGAUGAGACGUUGUAUCUAACUGACGAGCAGAAGCCGAGGAAGAGAGGGAGAAAACCUGCAAACGGAAGAGAAGAGGCUCUAAACCAUGUGGAAGCAGAACGGCAGAGGAGGGAGAAGCUGAACCAGAGAUUCUACGCAUUGAGAGCUGUGGUGCCUAACAUCUCCAAGAUGGAUAAGGCUUCGCUCCUUGCGGAUGCAAUCACGUACAUCACGGAUAUGCAGAAGAAAAUCAGGGUUUACGAAACAGAGCAGCAGAUUCUGAAGAGGAGGGAGAGUAAUCAGAUAACUCCAGCAGAGGUCGAUUAUCAACAGAGGCACGAUGACGCAGUGGUGAGGCUAAGCUGUCCCUUGGAAACUCAUCCUGUUUCAAAGGUGAUACAAACAUUGAGGGAGAAUGAAGUUACGCCUCAUGAUUCCAGUGUCGCUGUCACAGAAGAGGGUGUGGUUCACACAUUCACUCUCCGUCCUCAGGGUGGCUGCACCGCUGAGCAACUGAAGGACAGGCUCCUUGCCUCUCUCGCACAGUAACUGCUAUGUGAUAGAGUAGAAGUGUUGGCUUGUAUCAAUGUAUUAUUACUAGCCGAUUAAAACAAACUCCUACUUAGUAAGAUGUGUUAAUUGUACUUUUUAUGUAAUGUUGAGAUUUGUCUUUUACAUACAUAAAAUAUUUGAGCAAAAAAAAGCUUCUUUCGUCUCC